UGAUUUUAAAAAUUAGCGAUAUUUCUCCCUCCAAAUGCCAUAGGGACACUUUCCGGGAGGGCUUGUAUGCAUGCCCUUCUUUCAUUGAUUCUUCCAUUCCGUCCACUUCAGAGGCAACUAGCUUCUGCAGGAAGGCUUCUAUUGAUUCUUCUCAACAUUUUAUUUUCAAAUAUAUUCCUAAAGAAUAACCAGAAGAAUUACAAUAAGGAGCUUGAAAGAAUGUUGGGCCUAAUGGAAUCGCAGUCUGUGCUUCUCUGGAACAGUUUGCCGAUUCCCCUGAAACCGGCGACGACGAUCUCCACUUCCUUUGCUCCAGCCCUAACUCCUCGAAGACGUCUAACGACUUCGGCAUCAGCCAUCUCAUCGGAGUUAACUUCGAAACCAGAGACAUCCAAGUCGAUCCCAGCCACAUCAUCUGCAAAGUCAUUUGUCUCGACUACUCCGCUCAUUCAUGCGGUGAAAAAUCUAGGGUUUCGACCCACUCCAAAAUUGGGGCUUCUGUCUCUCUUGUUUUCACUCUCCAUGGCUUUUGGAAGAUUAGGAGUUUCAAUGAAAAAAUUGUCUAAAGUUGCCUCAGAAGAGGUACCGGGAACUUUAUCUUCUCUCAAACUUUCUAGUAUGGAGGUGAACGACUUGGCCCAAGAACUUAGAAAUCUCAGGCAUGAAAUUUCUGGAAUCCGCACGGUAGAGAAUGACAGAGACACUAAAGAUGCAAGAUCCUUCCGGAACAAGGACUCAAUAUCCUAAUUCUGAAUAUCCCCAAUGUUGCCUAGAUAACCACUACGUUCCUCCGCACACCCCAACCAAAAAAAAAAA